AUGGCUGGUCGUUGCACCCUUAUUAAAUCAGUUCUUAACACUUACCCUUUAUAUUCUAUGCAAACCACUAUUUUACCCUCCAUGGUUCUACGAAAUAUUGAAAAGAAUUGUAGGCAAUUUCUCUGGAAUAAGGUGGAUAGAUCUCGUUAUAUUUCCAGAACUUCUUGGGAUAAUGUUACUAGACCUAUGGGGGUAGGAGGUCUUGGAAUUAGAAGACUUAAGGAUUGGAAUGUUGCUUUUAUGGCUAAACUCUGCUGGAAAAUUCUUACCAAUCCGAAUAAAUUAUGGGUACUUCUUUUUAAAGAAAAUUUCUUACGUCGUACAAACCUCUUUGAUUGUACGGUUCAUUCUUAUAAUUCUCCUAUAUGGCGGGAUAUUCUUCAGGGUAGGGCCCUCCUUCAAAAGGGCUUAAUUAUAGGAAUAGAUAAUGGGAGGUCCACUUCCUUAUGGUAUCAUCAUUGGGUUGGGUCGGGCCCGAUUUACAAAUUAAUUGAUAAAGAUAUUCCGUAG